GGUCCACUGUGCCCCGCGAGGCGCCGAGGGGCGCCGUCUGCGCGCUUGAACACUCACUCGCUCCGUCCACCGAUGACGUCGGGUGUCCGCACGUGCAUCCCCGUUUUUAUGCCCCCCGCGUCGAGCCAGUCUUGCUCUCGACUCCCUCUUGCUCUCGACUCCCAUCUUUCCUCGCCCAGCCCCCGCCACCCACACAGAAAAUUUGACACGAUGCCCAACCGCGCAAUGUCAGGUCUCCAGAUGACCAGCCCCGCUUCCGAGGCUGCUCGCCGCCCCUCUGACCGCCGCGACUCGGCGCGUCGCCCCUCCAUCGAUCCCUCCCGCCUCGUCCCCAUGGACAAGUCGGAGCACAUCGGCGGCCAGGACAUCUUCAACAUCGUCUUCGUGGGUGCCGGCAACAUCAUGUUCGGCUCGCCCGAGGGCCCAUGGAACCACUCCUUCCGUCUCGAGCACAAGCUCGGCCCGCGCAUGAAGGUGGUCGCCCUUAUUGACCCCGCAACGGAGCGCGCCAAGGAAACCCUCAAGAAGAAGUGCAACUCCUUCGUGAAGUCCGCCUACGAGAACACUCGCGUCUGCAAGACGCUUGAUGAGUUCCGUGAGACGAUGACCCCGAAGGAGGCCCCCAAGGCCUUCAUUGUUGGCUCGCCCCCGAUGUUCCGUGGUACCCUCAAGAAGGGCCGCGACGUCGAGGUGCAGAUCCUCGAGCACUUCCCGGGUGUCGCGAUCUUCAUCGAGAAGCCCGUCGCGACUGGCCCGGUUGAGGAGAUCAAGGAGGGGUACGAGAUUGCGAAGCGCAUCAGCGACUCGAACACUAUCUGCUCUGUCGGGUACAUGCUUCGUUAUCUCAAGGCCACUCAGAUGAUGAAGAAGAUCAUCGAGGACAACAACCUCACCGUCAUGGCCACCAUUGCGCGCUACGCCAACGCAUACGACUCGAUCCUGAAGCCGGACUGGUGGGACAAGGCGAAGAGUGCUGGCCCGGUUAUCGAGCAGGGCACCCACUUCUGCGACUUGUCUCGCUACUUCGGUGGUGAUGUUGACAUGAGCACCGUGAUGGCGCACUCGCUGGAGUGGAACGAGAACGCCGGCCACCUCAGCAAGAUCCCCAUCGACGAGAGCGCGAUCCCUCCAGAGAACCGCAUCCCCCGUGUCACCUCCGCGACCUGGAAAUACGAGAGCGGCGCCGUCGGCUCGUUCACCCACCUCACCGCGCUCCAGGGUUACAACUACUCAUGCGAGCUCGAGGUGUACGCGGACGGCUACUGCCUGCGCCUCGUCGACCCGUACCAGCAGGCGAUCCUCUACGUUCGCAAGCCGGGCGACGAUCACGAGGCUGUGCACCGCUUCGCCGACGACGACCCCUUCUUCAGUGAGGUCUCGCACUGGAUCGACACCAUCGAGGACAUCGAGGAGGACCCGGAGAACGCGACGAUCCUCAGCAGCUACGAGGACGCUGUCAAGUCCUACGAGCUCACCUGGGCUAUCCGUCUGGCCAGCGAGCGCUCCGCGGCGGCGAAGGCGCAGGCCAGCGCCAAGGCGGCAGUGAAGGAGGCCGGCGUUGCCUAAGUCUGCGCUUGGUGGAUGGAAUCAAAAUUGUAUUUGGAUAUGUUGUAAAAUUAUAGAGCCUACUGUAGCAGAUGGCGUGCAUGUAACCGACAUCAAUGCAAUAGACCCCAGACGGGACAAAGCUACA